AUGCAAAAUUCUUCUGUGCUAGACAUGGAGCUGGCAUCAGAUGCGGGUCUAAAAAGUAGAAACCAUUUCGCACGUGUAACGCUAUUUAGAUACCGACCAACAGGCUGCACAGCUAGAUUCACUGCUACGAGUACUGGUGGUUGCUUGAGAGUCCUUAAAUGCGAUAUGCUUCACAAUCAUCCACCUGAACCUAUCACAGAGGAAUUUCAACAGUCCGUCAUGUCAUCUGAUCCAUCCUCUGAUCAAACCUUAGUUGCAUUUGCCCCGGGCUUUGAUGAUGAAUUUUUCGUGUCAGAUUUAACGAAAGAAUUCCUCAAUAUCUUUGAAAACAGAUUCUUUUACUCUUGUCAAGUGUUGAUGGAUUGUAUGAAUAGGUUCAUGAAGUUAACCGGUUCGAAUUAUGUAAUGAGGAACACUGUUCGAUUACCUAUUGGCCAUCCCCUUGCAGAUCGAUUAGUUUAUCGAUCUAUUGCAUUUGAAUGCUACCGUUAUGGAACUUAUACCAGCUAUGCCACCGUUCGUCGAAAGCAAAAAACAACAAAGAUUGGUUGUCAAUCAAAAAUCUACUUUUGCUGUAAAGAUGAUCAGCUUCAAAUAGGAAAAUAUCAACUCAAACACAACCAUGAAGUCAAUCCUGAUGAUCCCUUCUCGGAGCUAAGGAUUCCUGAUGGGAAAAGUCGGAAGCGAAAAGCGACAUAUGCGUCGAAUAACGUGAAAACUAAGAAAUGUUAUCUACCAGAUAGUUAUUCCGAAGAGUAUAAAGUAAAUGGAUUUUCCGAAAAUGACGAAUGGAUAGACUCAGACCAGUUUCCUCCAAACCUUGCCGCAGAAGUUUCAAUUGAAUCUUCAAAUCGAAGUGUGGAUAAUAUCUUCAAGGAUGCAGUGGGUCGUCAGUUGCUAGAGCGUUCUCUCUCGGAUUUAAAGGCGAUCGCUUGUUCUGUUGGACCUGAUAGAUUUUUCAGCUGUCUGAAUGAUCUCCAAGAACUUGAGAAUAAGUGGAAGUCGGAAUUUUUUGUGAAUAGAGAUGAUGGAGAGAUAAAGGGAAAGUCUCGAAUGGGUGAUUCCGGCGAUUUCCCUUGUGAAGAAAUUGUUGAAAUUCCACCAUCCAGUCUAUCAAUCGUUUAUGCCUCUUCUCCCUCUCGACAUAAUGAUCUCCUAGACAUUCCUCGAGCCUCCAAUCUCGAGGACUCUCCGAAUCGGUCUUGGUACUUUCAUGAAGAUAACUAG